AUGAGGUUCAGAAACAGAGGACAAGGGUUCAUAAAUAGAUACAACGGGUUCAGAAACAGAGAAAAGGGGUUCAGAAACAGAGAUAAAGGGUUCAGGAACAUACAAAGGGUUCAGAAACAGAGACAAAGGUUCAGAAACAGAGACAAAGGGUUCAGAAACAUACAAAAGGUUCAGAAACAGAGACAAUGGUUCAGAAACAGAGACAAAAGGUUCAGAAACACACAAAGGGUUCAGAAACAUAAACAAAUGGUUCAGAAACAGAGACAAAGGGUUCAGAAACAGAGACAAAGGGUUCAGAAACAUACAAAAGGUUCAGAAACAGAGACAAAGGGUUCAGAAUCAGAUCAAAGGGUUCAGAAACAGAGACAAAGGGUUCAGAAACAGAGACAAAGGGUUCAGAAACAGAGACAAAGGGUUCAGAAACAUACAAAGGUUCAGAAACACACAAAGGGUUCAGAAACAUACAAAGGGUUCAGAAACAUACAAAGGGUUCAGAAACAUACAAAGGUUCAGAAACAGAGACAAAGGGUUCAGAAACAUACAAAGCAAGACGACGAACAGCAGAACAAGACGACAAACAGCAGCAGAACAACAACAAGGCGACGAACAGCAGAACAAGACGACGAACAGCAGCAGAACAACAACAGGGCGACGAACAGCAGAAUAAGACGACGAACAGCAGCAGAACAACAACAGGGCAACGAACAGCAGAAUAACAGCAAGGCGACGAACAGCAGCAGAACAACAACAAGGCGACGAACAGCAGAAUAA